AUGCCUGUCCCGGACCAGCCUUCAUCAGCAUCAGAGAAGACCAGCUCCCUGAGCCCCGGCUUAAACACCUCCAAUGGGGAUGGUUCCGAAACAGAAACCACUUCUGCCAUCCUUGCGUCAGUCAAAGAGCAGGAAUUACAGUUUGAAAGACUGACCCGAGAGCUGGAGGCUGAACGCCAGAUCGUCGCCAGCCAACUGGAGCGAUGCAAGCUGGGGUCGGAGACUGGCAGCAUGAGCAGCAUCAGUUCAGCGGAAGAGCAGUUUCACUGGCAAUCGCAAGAUGGCCAGAAAGACAUCGAAGAUGAACUUACAACAGGGCUUGAACUGGUGGACUCCUGCAUUAGAUCCCUGCAGGAAUCAGGAAUACUGGACCCACAAGAUUAUUCUACAAGUGAAAGGCCCAGCCUGCUCUCCCAGAGUGCACUUCAGCUCAGUUCCAAACCUGAAGGGUCCUUCCAGUAUCCGGCCAGCUACCACAGCAACCAGACCUUGGCCCUGGGAGAGACAGCCCCAGCACAGCUCCCAGCCCGCAGUGCCCACGGCCGGGCCACAGCCCAGAGCUUCAGCCAGUCGCCCAGCCGCCUGGCCAAGUCCUACAGCACCAGCUCGCCCAUCAACAUCGUCGUGUCCUCGGCCGGCCUGUCGCCGAUCCGCGUGACCUCGCCCCCCACCGUGCAGUCCACCAUCUCGUCCUCGCCCAUCCACCAGCUGAGCUCCACCAUCGGCACGUACGCCACCCUGUCGCCCACCAAGCGCCUGGUCCACGCGUCUGAGCCCUACAGCAAGCACUCGCAGGAGCUGUAUGCCACGGCCACGCUCCAGAGGCCAGGCAGCCUGGCAGCUGGGUCCCGAGCCUCCUACAGCAGCCAGCAUGGCCACUUGGGGCCAGAGCUGCGGGCACUGCAGUCUCCAGAGCACCACAUAGACCCCAUUUAUGAGGAUCGUGUCUACCAGAAGCCCCCUAUGAGGAGCCUCAGCCAGAGCCAGGGGGAUACUCUGCCGCCAGCUCACACUGGCACCUACCGCACGAGCACAGCCCCAUCCUCCCCUGGUGUCGACUCCGGCCCCUUGCAGCGCACUGGCAGCCAGCAUGGCCCACAGAACGCCGCCGCCGCCACCUUCCAGAGAGCCAGCUAUGCUGCAGGCCCGGCCUCCAAUUACGCAGACCCCUACCGACAACUGCAGUAUUGUCCCUCCGUGGAGUCUCCAUACAGCAAAUCCGGCCCAGCCCUCCCACCCGAAGGCACCUUGGCCAAGUCUCCGUCUAUUGAUAGCAUUCAGAAGGAUCCCAGAGAGUUUGGGUGGAGAGACCCGGAGCUGCCUGAAGUGAUCCAGAUGUUGCAACAUCAGUUUCCCUCGGUGCAGUCCAAUGCCGCCGCCUACUUACAGCACCUCUGCUUCGGAGACAACAAGAUUAAAGCUGAGAUAAGGCGACAAGGGGGCAUCCAGCUCCUGGUGGAUCUGUUGGAUCACCGGAUGACGGAGGUGCACCGUAGUGCCUGUGGAGCUCUGCGGAACUUGGUGUAUGGAAAGGCCAAUGAUGAUAAUAAAAUCGCCCUGAAGAACUGCGGUGGCAUCCCAGCGCUGGUGCGGCUGCUCCGAAAGACUACAGACCUGGAGAUUCGGGAGCUGGUCACAGGCGUCCUUUGGAACCUCUCGUCAUGCGAUGCCCUCAAAAUGCCCAUCAUCCAGGACGCCCUGGCAGUGCUGACCAAUGCCGUGAUCAUCCCGCACUCUGGCUGGGAAAACUCGGCCCUGCAGGACGACCGGAAACUGCAGCUGCAUUCCUCGCAGGUGCUGCGCAAUGCUACCGGGUGCCUAAGGAACGUGAGUUCGGCCGGAGAGGAGGCCCGCCGGAGGAUGCGGGAGUGUGAUGGACUCACAGAUGCGCUGUUGUACGUGAUUCAGUCUGCUCUGGGGAGCAGCGAGAUCGACAGCAAGACCGUGGAGAACUGUGUGUGCAUCUUAAGGAACCUGUCGUACCGGCUGGCAGCAGAGACGACUCAGGGACAGCACAUGGGCACGGAUGAGCUGGACGGGCUGCUCUGUGGCGAGGCCAACGGCAAGGACUCAGAGAGUUCCGGGUGUUGGGGCAAGAAGAAGAAGAAAAAGAAAUCCCAGGACCAGUGGGAUGGAGUAGGACCUCUUCCAGACUGCGCAGAACCACCCAAAGGGAUCCAGAUGCUGUGGCACCCAUCUAUAGUCAAACCCUACCUCACGCUGCUCUCUGAGUGCUCAAACCCAGACACGCUCGAAGGGGCGGCGGGCGCCCUGCAGAACUUGGCUGCAGGGAGCUGGAAGUGGUCAGUGUACAUCCGAGCUGCUGUCCGGAAAGAGAAAGGGCUGCCCAUCCUCGUGGAGUUGCUGCGAAUAGACAACGACCGUGUGGUGUGUGCCGUGGCCACCGCCCUGCGGAACAUGGCCUUGGACGUCAGAAACAAGGAACUCAUCGGCAAAUACGCCAUGCGAGACCUUGUCCACAGGCUGCCAGGCGGGAACAACAGCACCACCUCGGCGAGCAAGGCCAUGUCGGAUGACACGGUGACCGCCGUCUGCUGUACCCUGCACGAGGUGAUCACCAAGAACAUGGAGAACGCCAAGGCCUUACGGGAUGCCGGUGGCAUCGAGAAGUUGGUCGGCAUCUCCAAAAGUAAAGGAGACAAACACUCUCCCAAAGUGGUCAAGGCAGCAUCUCAGGUCCUCAACAGCAUGUGGCAGUACCGCGAUCUGAGGAGUGUCUACAAAAAGAGAUGUAAUUUGUCCCUUUGGUUUCUUUCUUCAGCAAGUGCCCCAGCCUCACCUCGGGAAAUGAUCAGCCUCAAAGAGAGGAAAACAGACUAUGAAUCCACUGGCAGCAACACCACCUACCACGGGCCUAAAGGAGAACACACUUCCAGGAAAGACACCGUGACAGCUCAAAAUACUGGAAUCUCAACUUUGUAUAGAAAUUCCUAUGGCGCGCCCAAUGAAGACAUCAAACACAACCAGGUUUCUGCCCAGCCAGUCCCACAGGAGCCCAGCAGAAAAGAGUACGAGCCCUACCAGCCUUUCCAGAAUUCCACGAGAAAUUACGACGAGUCCUUCUUUGAGGACCAAGUCCACCAUCGCCCUCCCACCAGCGAGUAUACCAUGCACCUGGGACUCAAGUCCACCGGCAACUACGUCGACUUCUACUCGGCUGCCCGUCCCUACAGCGAACUGAACUAUGAGACGAGCCACUACCCUGCAUCCCCUGACUCGUGGGUGUGAGGCGCAAGGGGCUGGCAGGCUGCAGCGCCCCGGGAGCCAUGCAUGUGCAUGCAUAUCACCAGACAUUUCUUUUUUUCCCUGCAAAUUUAGUUUGUCAGAGCCUGUCCCGUAGGAAGGCGGUGAUAACCAGUAAGCUGAUCCGAUGAGCCAUCUGGAAGCGCUAGCUCCGUGAACUGGAAGUAGUUCACCCGGGAGUCCAUAGAGAGCAGCCAGUGAGCCGCGUCUGGCCAGGGCGGUCCAGUUUGAGCUGUAGGGAGUGGCACGUGCUUUAUGGUGGGUGUGGAGGCAGGGAGAGCAGGGGAGGCACAGGAGGUGGCUGGGGUGUUAAGCACAAGACACAGCAUCGUUUACACACUGUAGGGGGGACGGCUUCUCACACCUUGUUUGAUCUCUUCAUCUGUUGUGACUCUAGGCUUCCAGUUGCAUUGGGGUUCCUCUGUACAGCAAGAUGUUUCUUGCCUUUUGUUAAUGCAUCGUUGUAAAGUAUUUGAUGUACAUUACAGAUUAAAAGAGAGAAGUACAUUGUGUAUAUUA